UUUUGCAUGACGACUGACAAUGGAUCCAAUAUGGUAAAGGCGGUGAAAUUAAUGGACGCUGACAUCGAAGCAGCAGAGAUUGAACAACGUGAAGAAAUGGUGCAGCAGCAUACAGAAGAGGAAGAAGAAGAAUGCGGGUUGGACAAUCAGUUUUUCCAAAACGACGAAGAAGAAAUGGGGCAGAUUCGAGGUUUUCGCUGUGCGGCUCAUACCCUACAAUUAACUAUAGCUGAUGUGUGGAAAAGUGGAAAGUACUCCAACGUCUUAGCCAAAGUCCGACGAGCUGUGAAAGAGUUGAAAAAUACAAACGUCGUGAUUCUACUGAAACUAAAGAAGUUGAAUGUGGCCAUAAUAGAUUGCCCAACGAGGUGGUCCUCCACGUACCUUAUGCUGCAACGGCUAAUCUCGCUGAGAGAAUUUUGCGUGGAGUAUGCAGGCUCCUUUUUUUUUUUUCACAGGCAAAUUAUUUUCGCGAAUACUAAUACCAUGGAACCCGAGUGGAACCGGUUCCGGAACCGGUUCCGGAACCGGGACCCGAAUCUUCGGACCCCCGGAACCGGAACCGGAACCCGAAUCAUUGGACCAUGAGAACCGGAACCGGAACCGGUUCCAAAAUCCAUUCGGGUUCCCAGCCCUGUGUGGGGGUGA